UAAAGCACAAUUUCCUUUCAUUUUCAUGUGGGUCUUCCUCUUAAUUCAUUUCCAUUUCUCACACUACAAUAUCUCCCAAGAUCCCUCUUAUGUCCUUCAAUUCUUCCAUAUAUAUAGCUUUUUACAUUAAGUUUUGCACAAGAAGAUCGCCCUUCGGAAGAACAAAGAUGUCGCUCUCGAGCUCGGAGAUGAUCAAUAAGAAGAUGUUCCACCAUAGGAGAGCUUCGAAGGAGCUCGAGGUAUUUGAAGCUGCUCGAUAUUUCUCCGAUUACAAUGAAACUUCGGCGACGAUGAACGGUUUCGGCACAAAGUUUACUCCGAAAGUGAAGAAGAAAGACAAAGGAUGGAUCAAAGGGAGAAUCAGCUUAGACAUGCAGGUGAAGAACAUCCUUAAUCUCCCCGAACAUUUCCCCCAACAUUCUUACAAUGUUGAAAAACAUGUUACAAAGGAGAAGAAGUACAAACAACCAAGCUCACCUGGUGGGAGACUAGCAAGCUUUCUAAACUCUCUCUUUAGCCAUUCAAGUUCGAAGAAGAAGAAGUCGAAACUUUUUGCGCAAUCCGUGGAAGACAUAGCGGAAGACGAAAGCCGAACGUCGAAGAGAAGGAUUAGCAUCAGCCAUUUUCGAUCCUCGAAUGCGGCUGCAACGGAUGCUAAGUUCAUCUAUUCUUCGUCUCCGGGCAAUAAUUCAGGUUUCAGAACACCACCUCCGCACGUUCAAACCCCGACAAAGAGCUACAAGGAACUAUUGUCGUUUUCGAAGUUCACCCGACACGUAAAAUCAGCAGAGACGUUGGAGAAACGGGCUUCGAAACAAAAGAAGAAGAAUUUGAGUAAUUGUUCUUCAGAAAAAGAUAGGGUUUGGGUUGAAAAACCAUUGGGAGAUGAAGAAAUGAAGAAAAAAUUGAAGAAAUUUGAGCAUGACAUUAAUAUUAUUGAUGAUAUUGAUGAUAUUGAUGAUGGUGGAGAAACAGAUUCCAGCUCAGAUUUGUUUGAAUUACAGAUCUAUGAUUUGGAUUAUUACUCAAAUGGGUUGCCUGUUUAUGAAUCUACUGAUAUUGAUAGCAUCAAGAGAAGAAAUUCAAUCUCUAAUGGUGUUUGUUGAGAUGUAAGAAGAACAAACUUGGUCUUUAAUGAAGUUUUGU